GCAAAUAUUCUCAUCCCAUCUCCAACAUUUUCUCCCUAUUUUCCUUUCCAUUAGUGUCUAAAAUGAGCUCCAAGACCCUGAUCUUCCUCGGUCUCCUUUUCGCGGUCGUCGUCCUCCUCUCCUCGGAGGAGGUCACGGCCACAGCAAGAGACCUGAAAAGCGUUGAAGAAGUCAUGACGGAGACCAAUAACGGCAUCGAGGAUGACAAGCGCGGCCACCAUGGGCACCACCACCACCACCGCCGUCGCCGUCAUUGCCACCACCACCACUGCAGCUUUGCUGAUGAGGAUGAGGCUGUUGAUGAAGAAGAGGCCCAAACCAAGCCUAACAACUAAACAACUGAUGGUUUCAAAUGAAGGCUCUCUGAAGUUGAUGAUGUUGUAAUUUAAUUAAGUGUGUGUGUGUAAGUUAAUUAUGAAUAAAGGCAUGGAAAUGAAUGGGAUGCCUUUCUCUUGUUUGCCUGUGUAAAACCUGCCCAAAUACAAAGGGUAAUUGGUUUAUUAAUUAGUCUCUUCUGUGGAGAUUAAUUGUGUGUAGUUGAAACUUUAAUAUAUAUCUUUAAUUUUCGUUCUUAAUAA